CUCAGGCUGCACAUUAUGACAGAUUCCCCCAAAGGCCAGCGACAUGAUAGAAAUGCCCUCAUCCUAUAUGGCUCAGAGACUGGCAACAGUCAAGAUGCGGCCGAGGAGCUGGGCCGCGUUACAGAGCGCUUGCAUUUCGUGACCAGGGUCAGCGAGAUGGAUCUCGUCGAAAUUAAUACACUCCUAAAACACACAGUCGUCGUAUUCGUAAUUUCGACUACGGGGCAAGGGGAGUUCCCAAAGAAUGCGCAGAAAUUCUGGAAGAGUCUUCUGAGGAAGCGUUUGCCUCCUGGGUGCCUCAAUCACGUGUCUUUCACCACAUUCGGUCUUGGUGACAGUUCCUAUCCAAAAUACAACUUCUCAGCACGUAAACUGCAUAAAAGACUUGAACAAUUAGGAGCCAAAGAAAUCUAUCCUCGUGGUGAGGGAGACGAGCAGCAUCCAGAAGGAAUCGAUGGAACUUUCUUAUCAUGGUCUGUUGACCUUGGGAAGCACCUUCUUUCUUCGUAUCCUUUGCCGGAAGGAGUGACUCCCAUCCCUUCUGACGUACUCUUGCCUCCCAAAAUUACGCUCGAGAUUCUGGAAGAGCUUGUACCAUCCAGCACGACUUCAGAAAGCAUACAGAAGCUUUCCAAAAUGGGUCUCCACCAACCCCAGGCCUCUGACAACCAAGCACCUGGCGCAGAGCCAAGAGCCUUGAUGGUUUACGAACCUCCCGUCGAGCGUGAACCUCCAACUCCCUGCGAGCAAAUCAAAGAUCAUCUCCCUGGCCUGGACCAGCCUCGCGAAUCCAACUUCCCUCCUGAGGAUCAGCUCCCGUUCCCCGACCCAUCAGAAGUCGAACUUGUUGGGAACCGCCGUAUCACGCCCGAUACACACUGGCAAGAUGUUCGAGAGCUCACCUUCAUCAUGUCCGCCGACUUUACCUACGAACCUGGCGAAACAUGUACGAUUUUCCCGAAGAACUUCCCUGAAGACGUCCAGGCCUUGAUCGAUCUGCAGGGCUGGAAUGGCAUUGCAGACAAGCCCCUGCGGGUCCAGCCAGAGUGGCCCAACUACUACCUGGAUGAAUAUCUUGUCCCAAUGGCGCCUGGCCUCUACCCACUCCCACGUACGACCUUGAGACAGCUCCUAACCCACAAUCUUGACAUCACUGCUAUCCCCAAACGGCACUUCUUUGAGCUGCUCGCUCACCACACCAAUGACCACACACACAAAGAACGCCUCCUCGAGUUCUGUAACCCAGCCUUCACCGACGAAUUCUAUGACUACACCACUCGCCCGCGUCGCAGUAUCCUCGAGGUCCUCCAAGAUUUCCCCAGCGUCAAGAUCCCCUGGAAAUGGGCCACGAACUACUUCCCAGUAAUCCGCGGCCGAGCAUACAGCAUUGCCAGCGCUGGUAAGCUAUCAGAAUAUAUGGAAGAUCGUCGCUUCAUCCAAUUCCAAAUUAUCGUCGCUCUCGUCAAAUACCGCACCGUCCUCAAGAAAGUCCGCCAAGGUCUCUGCUCGCGCUACCUCGCCUCGCUCCCCAUAGGUACUGACCUGCACGUCAAGUUCACCGUCUCCGAGAAGUUCUACGAAAAGGCAAGGUUGUUUCCAAAGAACCCUCUCAUCCUCAUUGCGCCUGGAACAGGUCUCGCGCCUUGCAGAGCAUUGGUAUGGGAUCGAGAGCAUCUACACCUUGAAAGCAAGAAAUCGGUAGGCAAGUCAUACCUCUUCUAUGGAGGCCGCAACAAGGAUGCCGACUUCUUCUACUCGAACGAGUGGCAAUACCGUGGUCUUCAGGUAGAAGUCUUCACAGCUUUCUCGCGGGACCAGGAGGAGAAGAUCUAUGUCCAGGACAUCAUUCGGCAGAAUGGUAAGCUAAUUGAGCACCUGAUCCGGACACAGGGUGCGAUUAUCUAUGUUUGUGGCAGCUCGGGCAAGAUGCCAAAGGCGGUCAAGGAGGCGUUGAUUGAUGUUUGCACGCAACACUGUCCAGAGCCGAAGAAGAGUCGGGAGGAGAUGGAGACGGUCUUCGAGCGGCUGUCGAAAUUGGGAGGUUAUAUCCAGGAGACGUGGUAGAUUGUUGGGAAAGGUACACAACUCUGGGAGAUGCUUGGCUUGUGGUGGCAGCGUGGUGGGGGAAGGGCAACGGGAUACGCAUAAACGAAAUUAUUAGCAGGAGCAAAUGCAUUGCAGCAAUGACAUUCUGCGAAAUAGUUCAAACCUCCGUUUACC